UCCAAGAGAGACUUGUCCGCCAGGGACCACGGAAGCCAGAACAGCGGCUGUGGCUGCUGCUCAGGAAAUUCCAUCAAGAUGCCCGUCCAAAACAGCUCUCCCACGAUAUGGUGUCGCAGACUGAUAUUGCCAGGGGUUAUUGUUCUGUUAGUUACAGCAGUGGUGGUGGUGGUUGUGCUAGCUGUGAUUAAUCCUGAACAGAAAACGACCACUGGCACAUUACGGUGGAAAGGCAAGGGGACCACUCCAAACCUGAAAGAAGUCAUCCUGGGGAGAUGUUAUAACUAUAUCACCAUCGUGAAUCCUGAGCUCAGUAGCAAGGACUGCCAUAAUAUUUGGAUGCGAUUGCUAUCAGCAUUUAUGUACAAGCAUCCAUGCAGCAUGAGAGAGGAAGAUUAUUACCCUUUAAUGAACAUGGCGAGACAUUCCAUCCCAUGCAACAAGUCGCUGUUUUGGAGCAAGACCAAUAACCUUGUGCAUCGUUACACAAAAGCUAAUCAUGAUUUCAUUACACUAGAGGACACCUUGUUGGGCUACAUAGCGGAUGAUAUAACGUGGUGUGGAAGCUCUGAUUUAGGAAUCAACUACAACUCUUGCCCAAAAAGGAAUGAAUGUGAGAGCAACCCAAGUUCAAUGUACUGGAAAAUGGCAUCCAAGAUGUUUGCAGAAGCCGCAUGUGGAACAGUCCAAGUCAUGCUCAACGGGUCAAUAGACAAUGGUGCAUUCAGAAAUGACAGCAUUUUUGGAAGUGUUGAAAUACUCAACCUAAACCCAGAUAAAGUCUCUGCAGUGCAAGUCUGGCUUAUGCAUGACAUUGAAGGACCCCAAAGUGAAUCUUGCACAGGGCAGUCUAUACAAAUGCUGAAAAGCAUUCUAGAAAACCGAAAGAUCAAUGUCACUUGCAAAGAGAAUUACAGGCCCGUCCAGUUGCUUCAAUGUGCCAGCAAUCCUAACCACGCCACCUGCAGGCUUUGCCCUUAUGUCACACAGUGAAAAUAUGGUGCCUUAGGCUGUGUGUAUCAUUGUUUCGUUUUGUCUAACACUGAACAGAGUUCAUAUCUUUAAAUAAAGUAAUAUAUAAGAGCCAAAUUACGAGUGAGAGGAGCAGACAUGUGGCAAAGGUUGCCAUUCUCUAGGUGGAGCUUACAGUUCUCCCAGCAUUACAACGGAGCUUCAGGCUACAGGCGUCCGUUCUCCUGGAGGAAAUUGCAGCUAUGCAGGAUAGAGGCUGUGGAAUCGAAUCUCUGCUAAACUUUCUCCCAUCCCCAAACUCUGCCUUCUCCGGGCACUGCCCUCAAAUCUCCAGAAAUUUCUUAGGCCACAGCUGGAAACCCAUAUCUCCUACAGUCAUGUGGGGGGGAUGAGAUGUUAACUGCAAAACCCUCCCAUCUCCUCUUCAGGGCUCAGUUUCCCCCAGUCUUUCCUCCUAUAUCACUUUCUCCUAAGCUGUGAUUGGACAGAAGGACAAGUGGGAGCAAAGAAUGUGGGACGAGGGACCUCAAGAAGAUCGAUGGUGAGCAAGGAGAGGGUUUUGUAUUCCUCACCUUGAUUGUUCCUUAAAUCAACGCCAACUCUUGCUUCCUCUUAGGGCCAAGUGACAAGUGACGAAUGACACUUAAACAGCAAGUGAACAGACUCACAUGUAUUCCUCCCUGUUCACUUGCUCUCCACUUGCACUCCACUUGAUCCUUCGUCACUUGUAGCUUGGCCCAUAGAUCACCGAUCUCCAACUUGGCCUCCACCAAUGUGUUUCCUGGCACUCAUAUCCCCUUUCUCCAAAUCAAGGAGGCAAUCUUGACUUCCUCAUUGGAGCAGAAGAGGUCUGGCCGUAUGUGUGAAGGAAGUACUCCUGUGGAAAGCACCCAGAUUUUUCUGACCACCCUCAGCUCCCACGGCAGCCAUUUUGUGCAUGGCCAUACUAUCUGUGGCAUAUACAGGGCUUUUUUUCUGGGAAAAGAGGUGGUGGAACUCAGUGGG